UGUAAGUAGUGAAGGCAAGUAUACUAUUGGGAGGGGAUAAUCAGACUAAUAAUCAAUAUACAUAGGCAGAUGCUCCUGGUACAUACUGGUGUAAGUAGAGGAAGGCUCUUGACAGCUGGGCCGCCCCCUAUAUUGACAAUAGCAUGACAGAUCAUUCCCAUAGCAUGGGGCAGUAUCCUGACGGUUUUCGUGGCCCGCUCAUUAUUCACGACCCAGACGAUCCUUUUAAAGAUGAUUACGACGAAGAAGUCAUCCUCACCCUUUCUGACUGGUGAGCUCAAACGUAUGCAAUGGUAAAGUGCCCCUUCAGGUUGCUCACAUAUCAAUAACAUAGGUACCGGGACCAGACGCCAACACUGAUGGAGGCGAUGAUCAACCCCAAUAAUACACAAUUUGCGCCACCGCUUCCAAAUAGCACCCUUGUCAAUGAUGGUGGUGAUGGUCAUAUAUCUGUUGAGGCUGGAAAAACAUAUCGUUUCCGAAUAAUUAAUUGGUCUGCAAUGUUCUCUACCUUCAUCCAGUUUGACUCCCUGGACAUGGAUGUUAUUUCGAUUGACGCGUCGUACGUGCAAAGGCAAACUGCGCAACAACUGCGAAUCUCUGCUGCACAACGGUUCGAUGCUCUAAUAACCAUUCCCGAAGAUGCAGAUCGGAAUUAUCCGUAUUUGGUUGCAUUAGACGUGAACGAAGACUUCGCAGAGAAGAAUCCGCCAAGACCUAUUAUAUACCCAUUCAAUGUUACAGGAAUGUUGGUUACAGAUUCAAACAAAGAUACGAGCGGGACAGUUACCGUCCAAAAAUUCGAGCCUUUCGACGAUACAACUUUCCAGCCUCAUGAUAACGAGAGCGUCUAUGAGCCGGUUGACAAGCAGUUAGUGUUGAACUUUGACUACUGCUUCGACGUCAACGACUACCCUAGGGCUUGCUUCAAUGACACCACUUACAUCGCACAGAAGGUGCCCGCCUUAUACACCGCAGCCUCGCUAGGAGAAAAUAACACAGAGACUGCUGCAUACGGCCAAGUCAACGCUUUCAUAGUCGAGUACGGCGAGAUCCUAGAAAUCAUUGUAAAUAACAACAACGAUGCCAUUCACCCCUUUCAUCUGCACGGGCACCAGUUCCAAGUCCUCGCGCGCCCCGAGAGUCAGACGGGGAACUGGAGCGCUGACGUUGCCAUCAACGACAUACCACCCCGGCGAGACACGGUGGCUAUCAACCCCAAGUCGUAUGCAGUGUUCCGCAUCAAGGCCGACAACCCCGGGGUCUUCUUGUUCCACUGCCACGUUGAGUGGCAUGUCGAGAUGGGCCUGAGCAUCACUCUCAUCGAGGCUCCCGACAAGCUCCGCGAUUAUACGAUCCCGCAGGACCACCUCGACGCCUGCGAUGCCAUGGGCAUCCCUACCACGGGAAAUGCGGCAGGGAACGAAGAUUGGGCGGACACGGAUGGGUUUGUCACGGUGCCUCCUACAACUUAUACCGGGUACGUAUUGCGAGAUCUAGACCCGAAGAAAUAGUGCUAAUAUAUGCUGUGCAGUUCCAUGUAUACCGAGUCGAGCUGAAAGGCCAAUUUGAAGCAGGUCGUUGUCAUACGUCGAAGAAAACGCGAACUAGUUGGUGCCUGGGGUUCCAUGUUUUGUUUAUUAUGAAUGGGUAUACUGUUAAUAAUUGUAGCACGGGGGAAAUUAGUCGAAGCUCACCUGUUAGUCUAGGCUUAUACCAUAGUGAAAUCUGAUUUGAAAUGGCAACACAAUCAUGAUCGUUUUUGAGUGACGUAAAGGGUCCAAGUUCGUGUCUAAGCAUCGCUGUCGCCACGGUACUUCGGAUCGUCUUCUUUCUCGAUGCUGAUAGAUUUCGUCUAUUUCGAGCUGGGCAUCGGAACUACGGAGCAGGAAGGUCGUAUAGGUAUACGGACUCAAACGUGGCAUUCGUCACAUUUAUGCCUUGCCUGGCUAUCUAGCAAGGGAUCCUACCACUGCAAUAACCCCUGGCGUCGUUGUUUGUCCCGUUCUUGGCUUUGCUCGCGUCCUAAGAGAUUGCUCCUCGUUCUCUGGAAUAAACAAGACUCUCGAGCAUUCCCGACGGCCAAGGGAUGCGUUGGUAAUCAUAUCUAUGAACCGACAGUUACGAUUGGUGGAACUGUACUGUUGUCAGCCCUAUGCCUGAUUUUUAACCAACGUGGUGGUUUCAGC